GGCGGGGACCUAGUCGGUGAGAGGCCCGCCCGCGGCCGGCCCACAAUGAGGGGAGCCGGCUGCCGUGAGUAAGGGCAGGCGGCCGGCCGGGGCCGGGCCACGCGGGGCGGAGGCUGCCGGGGCAGGUCGGGGCAGGGCUGGCCAGGCGGGCGGUGGCGGUGGGAGCCGUGCCCGGGGCCCCGCACCACGGAGCGCGCGACCUAGGACAGCAAGGCAGGCCGGCCCGGAGCCCCGCGCCCUGCACUCCAGCGCCCGUCCGUGGGCGCCCCGAGCUCCGAGCGGCGCCGGGCAAGAAAAGCGUGCCGCAGCCGCAGCCGGAAAUCAGCCUCGGAAAUCGGGGGCCCCCACCAAGCCGGAGUCAGAUCCCCAGUGGAGACAUGGCGGGGCCGAGGGGCGCGCUGCUGGCCUGGUGUCGCCGCCAGUGUGAGGGCUACCGCGGCGUGGAGAUCCGCGACCUGAGCAGCUCCUUCCGGGACGGCCUGGCCUUCUGCGCCAUCCUGCACCGGCACCGGCCCGACCUGCUAGAUUUCGAUUCACUUUCCAAGGACGAUGUUUUCGAAAACAACCGCUUGGCCUUUGAAGUGGCUGAGAAGGAACUCGGCAUCCCUGCUCUCCUGGACCCCAAUGACAUGGUCUCCAUGAGUGUCCCCGACUGCCUCAGCAUUAUGACCUACGUGUCCCAGUACUACAACCACUUCGCCAGCCCAGGCCAAGCAGCUGGUGUCUCACCGCCCAGAAAGGACCCGACACCCUCCUCCUCACCAUCUGUGACACCCAGUACUGAAGAACCAGGAGACGGGACUCAGGGCGAGGAGCUGUCUUCCCCCAGCAGCCUGUCGGAGCAGGGCACCCACCGAACCCCCAGCAGCACCUGUGCCGCCUGCCGGCAGCAUGUGCACCUGGUACAGCGAUACCUGGCUGAUGGCAGGCUCUACCACCGGCACUGCUUCCGGUGCCGGCAAUGUUCCAGCACCCUGCUUCCCGGGGCUUACACAAACGGACCCGAGGAGGGCACCUUUGUGUGUGCAGAACGCUGUGCCAGGCUGGGUCCAGGAGGCCGACUGGGACCCCGGUGUGCGCCAGCCACACAGUCGAAGCCGCUGCCGGCUGCCAAAGAUGAGGAUGCAGGUGACACCAGCCCUGCAGAGGGUGCAGGUGCCAAGGCAGAUGAUGCCAAGGCCGUCCCUGAGGCCCGGCCCCAGCUCGCUGCCAAGCCUCGGCUUCCCAGCAAACCCCAGGAACUGACAAGUCCUCCUGGCAGCCGCCCCACACCCGCCCCCAGAAAGGCCUCAGAGAGCUCAGCCCCGACGCCCCCCACACCCCGGCCCCGAUCCAGCCUGCAGCAGGACAGCUUGGCAGAGCAAGCUGGUGGCAGCAGCCUGGUGAACGGAAGACUGCAUGAACCCCCUGUCCCCAAGCCCAGAGGAACACCCAAGCUGUCCGAGAGGACGCCACCUCCCAGGAAGGACCCUCCUUGGAUCACACUGGUGCAGACAGAGCCCAAGAAGAAACCAGCCCCGCCUCCGCCCCCCAGCAGCAGCAGCAGCAGCAGCAGCCCUGGGCUCCCCAGGCGGGGCGGCCAACAGCAGGAGAGCGGGGGUGUGGAAGAGGCGCCCCAGCAGAGCCCCACUGCUUCCCAGGAGCCCAAGCCCUACAACCCCUUUGAGGAGGAGGACGAGGAGGAGCAUGGGGAGCAGCCCCCAACAGGGCCCAGCCCUGGCCCGGCACACACAGAGGCUACGCCCAAGUCCCUGCACCCCUGGUACGGCAUCACCCCCACCAGCAGCCCCAAGACUAAGAAACGUCCUGCCCCGCGAGCACCCAAUGCGUCGCCGCUUGCGCUACAUGCCUCUCGCCUCUCACACUCGGAGCCCCCAUCGGCCACGCCGUCGCCAGCACUCAGUGUGGAGAGCCUGCCGUCAGAGAGCUGUAGCCAGGCUGCCAGCACGCAACUUCUCGAGCCGCCUGCUGUGCCCAAGAGCUCCUCGGAGCCUGCUGUCCAUGCCCCUGGCACCCCCAGCAACUCUGCCAGCCUCUCGGCCAACUCCUCCUUAUCUUCCUCCGGGGAGCUGGCACAGCCUGGUCCCAGCCUCGCCCCCAGGACUCCGGCCAGCCCAGGUCCCCAGCCAGCCAAGCCGAGCAGUCGUGCCGCCCCCAUCCCUACCCCUACCCCCACCCCUACCCCCACCUCCACCCCAGUAGGAGACAAGAACACUGUGCCUGCACCUGCACCUGUACCUGUACCUGCACCUGCACCUGCGCCUGGAACCUCGUCCCCCCAGCUUCAGGUAAAGUCUUCCUGCAAGGAGAAUCCUUUUAACCGGAAGCCAUCCCCCGCAGCAUCCCCUGCCACCAAGAAGGCCACCAAGGGAUCCAAACCGGCAAGACCACCUGCCCCCGGCCAUGGCUUUCCACUCAUCAAACGCAAGGUCCAGGCUGACCAAUACAUCCCUGAGGAGGACAUCCAUGGAGAGAUGGACACCAUUGAGCGCCAGCUGGAUGCCCUGGAGCACCGGGGGGUCCUGCUGGAGGAAAAGCUGCGUGGGGGUGUAAAUGAGGGCCGUGAGGAUGACCUGCUGGUGGACUGGUUCAAGCUCAUUCACGAGAAGCAUCUGCUGGUGCGGCGGGAGUCGGAGCUCAUCUAUGUCUUCAAGCAGCAGAACCUGGAGCAGCGGCAGGCCGACGUGGAGUAUGAACUGCGCUGCCUCCUCAACAAGCCGGAGAAGGACUGGACGGAGGAGGACCGGGUCCGGGACAAGGUGCUGAUGCAGGAGCUUGUAACCCUCAUUGAACAGCGCAACGCCAUAGUCAACUGCCUGGAUGAGGACCGGCAGAGGGAAGAAGAGGAAGACAAGAUGUUGGAAGCCAUGAUCCGGAAGAAAGAGUUCCAGAGGGAGACUGAAUCUGAGGGCAAGAAGAAGGGCAAGUUCAAGACCAUGAAGGUGCUGAAGCUGCUAGGGAACAAGCGUGAGGCCAGGAGCAAGGCCCCCGGGGACAGGAGCUGACCACGACAGGGCUGCCGGGCCCUUGUGCUCCUGGAUCGGCUGCCAGGCUGUGCUUCAGCCGAGAGGAAAGAGAACUUUUAGGGAGGGAGCCCCUGACCUGCAGCCUCUCCCCGCUCAGGGUCCUUUGGCUGGUCUGGGCCAAAGAGUUUCCCCUUCCCUCUGUGUGCCCCAGGCAGUGGUGACUCAGCCCUGCCACCUCCACAUGCUGUGACUGAACCCAAGGCCAAGUUGGCCCCACCAUCCCAGGUCUGCUUUCCUAUGUGCCACCCUGCUCUGGUAGGCUGGCUCCUCACUUCAUUUUCACAGUCCCAAGUUCUGGCCGCCGUGGCAAGUGCAGGGGCAGGGCCGGCUCUUCAGCUUCCUCCUGCUCCGCACAAGUUCCCCCCAUCCCUCACUCUGCUCUAUUUAUGAAGUCCCCAUUCAGUCUGUGCUAGCUGCCAAGAGGGUGGGCUGUGUCGCUUGGCCCCUCCCCUUACCCUUGGGGUUCUCCCCAGCUGACUGCUUCCCCCAGCCUAGAGCUGGGGGGCCAGGCUGGGGUGGACACGCUCGGGUAGGUGCUAAUACUGCUUAUUUGCCUUGUUGGUGCUGUUCCCAGGCCUGGUGGAGAGCAUUGCACUGCAGGGUCAGGGCCAGCACCCAUCACUGGGAUGUCCCAGAAUCUCUCUUGCCCCUGCCAGCUGCACUCCCCUCUGGGAGAAGAACACAUGCUGUACCAACUCUCACUCGCCUUCACCAACAAUAAACAGAGACCACCUCCAG